GCACUUGGGCCCACGAUCAUUCGAAACAUGCUGGCAAACUCCAUCGCUUUGGGCACAUUUGAGGUGCUGAAGGAAGAUGCAACCAAUAGGUACAACUGCACUGCCCCACAGCUGCCCUCGUAUGUUGUCAUGACAGCAGCUGGCAUUGCUGGACUGCUGUACUGGGUGACAAUUUUCCCGGUGGAUGUCGUGAGAUCUGCAAUGGCAUCUGACAGCAUCAUCUAUUCAGAGAGGAAGUGCCCAACGAUGGCAGUCACUGUCCAGAAAUUGUGGGCUGAGGGUGGCAUCAAGAGAUUCUACAAGGGGUUCAAACCCUGCCUCAUGAGGGGUGGCCCAGAAAACGCAGCCAUGCUGUACACUGUCGACCGUGUGACAAACUCGCUCUCCUAA